GUAAACUCAAAAUUAUAUGAGAAUAAUAUAAACCAGCAAAGCACUCAUUACAAUGACUUAAAAGACUAGCGAUGGCAGGCAGAAAGGUUCGUGUUUUGUACGACUUCGAUGGAGAUCCAGCUUCGGGAGAAUUGAUUAUCUCGACGGAUGAAGUCCUUUUGGUAACUAGUACGGAUGUUGGAGAAGGCUGGUGGGAAGGAACAAAUAGUAGCGGCACAAGAGGGCUCUUCCCUCAAGCCUAUGUCGAGUUUUUAGAAGAUGGUCCUCCACCUCCCCCUACGAUGAUGCACCCGCCCGUGAUGCCAGCCCUAGUACCAUCAGCACCAUCAGCUCCGGCAGCACAGAAUUACCAUACAAGCUCCCCUGAAAACGACGACGGGGAGGGGUGGGAUGAUGACUGGGAUGAAGAUACUGGCAGCAGCUAUAGUGGUGGAGACUCGCAAGUUUCAUCCAUGCCGAGGAGAGAUACUGCAUCAUCCAUUCAGCGCACUGGGACUGUAAGAAAAAGUAUAAAUAGAUUUUCAGUGUUUGUCAAGUCUGGAGGAGAGGCUUACUUGCUGGGAACAUCAAAUGAUAAAGCACACAGCUGUCCAGCAGGUGAAAGAGUCACAAUUAGAUCUCUUGAUGGUGUAGGGUCAGCAUCCAUGACGUGGCAGCUGAGUGCAGAACCAUUCACUGCUUUGGUGACAGAACCAGAAAAAAAGAGCAAGUUUAAAGGAAUGAAGAGUUUUAUUGCUUACAAUGUUGGCAAAUCGAAUUCCAGUACAGUUGUGAGCAGAAGGUUCAAACACUUUGAUUGGCUAUUCAACCGACUUGUAGAAAAAUACACCCUUAUAGCCAUCCCACCAAUACCAGACAAACAGAUUACAGGUCGUUUUGGUGAAGAUUUCGUCGAGAAAAGAAGAGAAAAACUAGAAAUGUGGUUGAAUCGAAUUUGUCAACACCCUGUGUUAUCAAACUGUUCUGUCGUUACACAUUUUCUUACUUGCUCAGAUAGCGAAAAGGAUUGGAAAGCAGGCAAAAGAAAAGCAGAAAACGAUAAAUUCAUGGGGGCAGCUUUUUUUAACACAGUUGACAACCCUCCUACAAAACUGUCCGUCUAUGCAGUUGAAAACUACGUUGAAAACUUUGGCAGGUUUGUCAAGGCAAUGGACGACAAUGUGAAAAAUAUUGUAGACAGAGGAACGACGCAUUGCGAGAAAUGUACAGGAUCCUACAAAAGCGAAUACAAGAAAAUUGGAGUAACAUUUACUGGUCUUGCACAAGCCUUUUCCAUAGAAGACAGCACACCGAAAUCCGGAUCUUUUAAAUCCCCUUUGUCAUGGGAAAUAUCUAAUUCCAAAAAAGACUCCUUUGCAUUAGAUGCCAAAGCUAAACUCAUCAAAUUCAGUUCAGUUGUUGAUGAAGACGAAAGUCGGCACUUCAUCAUGGCAGGAGUUGAGUAUACCUUCCGAACGCCACAUGGAAGACUGACAGAAUCUUUUCACACUAUGACUACCUUACAUGAGGUAAGGAAGAGAAUUGGCAGAGCAACUGGCUGUGAGGUAGCAAAUUUACUUGUUGGAUUCCCUCCCAAGCCAGUUGAAGGCCACACUCUAGAGGCAGUCGACAAUAACCAAGUCAUCAUAAUUGCUGAAGGUCCAGAAGUAGAGAUCAUAAGAGUUAAAGAAGAACCAAAAGAUCUAGACGAGCCAUGCCCCCACAGCAUCAGACUAAAAGAUCCUCCAGUAAAAGUGUUAGAGGCUAAACGACUGAUAGCUACAGAAAUCGCCCAACAAAAGAUCGCCCAAAAAGUUAUCUGCAAAGUGAUCUUGGGGGUGUCCCAGGGGCGGCUAUGCCAGCUGAUGCAAGAUACAGCUUAUGAUAACACGAUCCUCGCUAAGCCAUACCAGAACAAGUCUUUAGAGCAUUAUCACAAGAUUUAUGAGUUCUUAACCAAUCGAACCCCCAUGGAACGCUAUAAUCUUUAUUGCUCGGCCGCGUGGAGGAUCGAAAAAGAGAGGGUACAAAGAAAGGAAUCGUUCGCUGCCUCGGCUGCCAGCUCCACAGGUGAUUUACUAGUCGUCCCGCGUGUUAAGUUAGGAGGGCGCGGCAAACGAACGUACAUCCCAAACUUCGCCAAGAAAGCUAUGGAGAACUACUUCAUGAACACUAGUCGUUUUAUCACUCAAGAAACGAGAGAGUUCUUUUCGAGACAGCUCAAACUACCUGAAGAAACCGUGCAGUUUUAUUUCAAAAAUCUUCGCGCUCGAGAGAAAAAAGGUUCAUUUGUACCCGUGUCGUGAGCUGUUUCAAAUUUCUAACUUCAUUCGUGGCUUUAUUUCGAAUGUUUCAUCAAUCCUCAUUAUUCCAUUGGUUGCAUGUGACGUGCUGCAGAAUCUACGAUGAAAAACGUAUUUGUCGCAGUAGACAUGGCGUUUCUAAACAGGAAGAAGUUUGAAACUUAAACAGGCUCAUUGUACAAUGCCUUUAGUUUUAUCACAGAAAAUCCCAUCUUUACCUGCAUUUUUACACCAGACUCUUAUGCUUUUGAAGCAAACUUCGAAGAAAAUAUGUUAAUAUUACAGGAGUGCUUUUCAUUUCGAAUUAUUAAUUAUGUUAGCAUGGGUAGGUUUUAUUGGUUGAGCGCUGCGCAUUCUAUUGAAAAUCCAACAAAGUGCUUGAAAUCCAGAACACGAUGCUUUAAGUGUGCAAUAAAUAGCAAACCAACCUGCAACUAUCGCGAGAAAAGGGGUUUGAAAUUCAACAUUUUGAUAAAAAGAAAACAUCUUUGCUUGUAAAUAUUUGUUGUUAGAGUGACUGGAAACACGCUCUGUAAUUGGUCAGUUAUCUGGUGUGUUUUUGAACAAUAAAAAUUUAUUAUCGAUUUAAGAGAAA